UGUGUGUGUGUGUGUUCCAAGGAGUGGGGAAAAGGAGACAACCACUAGCUAAAGAAAGCAAGGAGAAAGAGAGGCAAGUCAACCAUAGUAAGAUAGUAAAAAGCCAACUAGCCGUGGCCGGUUGAAGGGCAUGGCGAGUAGAGUUUUUAAGCUUUGUCGAGUUGGUCGUGUUUUCGUAUUGUUUUUAUAAUUAGCCACAUACCUGGUUAAAUCCAGUUAAAACGCGAGGAGCAGCCUGCGACUGGCUCUGGUCCCUGUUAAGGACCCGUUGAACAGCUAGCUGGCUACAUGGUAUUUUGUUGUCGCUAGCUUAGCUUACAGCCUCCGAGGUAGCUCCAUUGCAAGAAGAAAUUGUUAAAAGUAAGUGGCAUCUGCAUUGAGAAAAUGAACUAUGCUGCAAGAGACUUCUGUGGAAGUAUGGAUGAUCAGACCCGGAUGCUGGCGGGUCUGGGAGCACUCGGCGGAUUAACACCAGCCGACGUUGGCGACCCUGACUCGGUUCGGAAGCAGCAAUCCCUCGGUCAGCCUCAGCAGGACAUUGGGGAUAUUCUUCAACAAAUAAUGGCCAUCACAGACGAGAGCCUGGAUGAGGCUCAGGCAAGAUGCUGGCCAGAGGAGGCUUCAUCGCAGUGGGGCGGAACUGACGACCCCAGUGAGGGAGGUGGAGCUGGGAGGGGCACGGCGGGGGGUGCCCUGCCGCUCAACUUCCAGCACAGGAAACAUGCUCUGAACUGCCACAGGAUGAAGCCGGCCCUCUUCAGCGUCCUGUGCGAGAUCAAAGAGAAGACCGUUCUCAGUAUCCGCGGGGUGCAGGAGGAGGAUCCUCCAGAUCCCCAGAUCAUGCGUCUGGACAACAUGCUGCUGGCCGAGGGCGUGUCGGGCCCAGAGAAGGGUGGCGGCUCGGCGGCUGCGGCCGCCGCCGCUGCUGCGGCAGGAGGAUCCCCCAACGACGGCAGCAUCGAGCACUCGGACUACAGAGCCAAGCUGGCCCAGAUUCGCCAGAUCUACCACUCCGAGCUGGAGAAGUAUGAACAGGCAUGCAGCGAGUUCACCAACCACGUGAUGAACCUCCUGCGAGAGCAGUCCCGCACACGUCCCAUCUCCCCCAAGGAGAUCGAGCGCAUGGUGAGCAUCAUCCACCGCAAGUUCAGCUCCAUCCAGAUGCAGCUCAAGCAGAGCACCUGCGAGGCCGUCAUGAUCCUGCGCUCACGCUUCCUGGACGCCAGACGUAAGAGGCGCAACUUCAACAAACAGGCAACGGAGGUGCUGAACGAGUACUUCUACUCGCACCUGUCCAACCCUUACCCCAGCGAGGAAGCCAAGGAGGAGCUGGCCAAGAAGUGCGGGAUCACUGUCUCUCAGGUCUCUAAUUGGUUUGGCAACAAGAGAAUUCGGUACAAGAAGAACAUUGGUAAGUUCCAGGAGGAAGCGAACCUGUACGCGGUAAAAACGGCAGUGGACGCUGCCAAUGUGUCAGCGCAAGCUAGCCAGGCUAACUCUCCGGCGACGCCCAACUCAGGUGGAUACCCUGCACCGUGCUACACACCUGACGGCCGGCUAUGAGGAGCUGUCAGGAAGCGGUCUUUUUACCCCACACAGCCUGGACGCUAACAACAGCUGGCAGGACACCACCAACCCCUCCUCCGUCACCUCUCCACCUGGGGCCCCUGGCAGCAUCCAUUCAGACACCUCCAAUUAAGACACAUGCUUUUCUUCCACACUCUCACACAGACACCCGCUGACACGUGCACCCGACUUCCCCUGUUAUUUCUCAACCCUUUCCACUGUCCUGGUGUGGGACAUUUCUUCCACUCUCCCCCCCCUCCCCCCCCCCCCCAAACCACUGCCAUCUACCCUGCUCCUCCGACAACCCCCCCUCCACCUCCCACGCCCUUACCUCAACCCCCCCACCCACUCCCAACCCAACCUCAAGAUCAACACUACACUACCCAUAAGCCAUCUGGACCAUCCCACCGGGCCAGGCAUGAUGGGAAAAGCACACAAACACUCAACGCUCGCUCCAGAGGAACACAGCAGAGCAACAAAGCGCAAAAGGACAGGACUGCCCUCAUCACAGAGGGCACAACUCACACUGCUGGACCACGAUAACACUCCUCCACACACAGAGGAGCGAGAGAUAGAGAGAGAGAGAGAGAGAAAGAGAGAGAUAGAGAGUGAGAGAGAAUAUACAGAGAGGCUUCUUGUGAGCCAGAAAGCCACGCGCAACGCAAUGCAGCGUGGCGUAAUGUGAUGGUCGGGUCUCCCACCCACGACCGCAGGGGGGGUCCACUGACCUGAGAUGAUCGGACUCACUUAUCACCCACACAUUCACACACACACUCACACACACUCAUCCAUGAACACUCACUCACUCAUAAACACACACACACACAAACACACACACACACAGACACAUAUUCAAACAAGGCAUCACCCUCUGUGGACUUCUUCUCCGUGGACUUCUGCAUUAGUUUGUGAGGGUGAAACCAGCAGGCGGCUGAGUCAGAGACACCCUUCUGCCUCGGGGGAGUCGUCGGCAGCUCCCUCGCGUCACCGUGGACACCUCGCUCCCCUGGGUCCCACAGACACCACCAUAACAACCGCCACGCUUGUACCAAAGUGCUGUCCAACAGUGGUCAACCCCCCCCCCCCUCUCUGUUUUUCCUCACAGACCAACAACCACAGACACCCUCGAACUGACCACCCACGCAAGUUCUCCCCACACAUCCUGUUCUGCUUGUUGCAAGUCAGUUCCUUUUUAAACAAGAGUUUCAAAAGAGAAAAAAAAAGAGAAAAAGCUCAACGUAGCACUGUUAUUAUGUAAGUGAACAGAACCUUUUAGUAUUGUAAUAAGGUUGUUUAAAGUACUUUUAUCAAACCUCUCGAUGCUUGUAAAUGGACACCCACAGUACAGACAGACACACACACACAUACACAGACACACACACACACACACACACAUACAUGACGUUUACAACAGCUGACAAUGAAAAAUGUGUUAAGCACAAGUAUUUUUUUCCAGCUAUUGGACCUCUUCCAUAGGACAAACAGGUCAGGGCAUAGGAUGCUUUUGCUCACAAAGAGAACAUAAGGGAGUGCUGGUGCUCGCAGCAGAACGUACGUCAGACGCGCCACUCACAGGCCGCCCGAAGAGACAGGAAAGUACUGUGCAGGAGGUUGGGAGAGGAGAAUGUAUAGGCUCUUUCUAUGGAAACGGAUUUCUCUCUUUUUCACACUCACACACACAAACACAAACACGUGUGCAAACACACACACACACAGACAGACAUAUACACUUACACACUCUGCAGCCAACGUGGUCACUUUUGUUCAGUACUGUUUUGUAAUUCUUGGAUUUAUUUUUUUGUUUUGUUUUGUUUUCAAAAAUAAAUGUAGUGUAAUGUUCUUUUUUUUCAUAAUAAUGCCCCAGCUACCAAAUACAAAAAAAGAACUACAUUGUAGAGUUGAGAAAAUCUUAAGGGUAGGGGAGACGUAUGUGGGAGAUUUGAAUAUGGGAUGGGUUAAGACCAGAAGAAUGCAAUGUGUAAUUGUCUUCCAUGCAUGUAGACGUUGGUGUUUUUUGUGGUGUUCAUCGGACCUACUCAUCUCCAUUAGUUCACCGUUAACUUAGCUUUUUUUUUUCUUUUCUUUAAAAAAAAAAAAGAAAAAGAAAAACACUUCUGCAGAAGAAGUUGUAACACAUUUUUGGGAGGGUACUAAUGACAGACCAAAAAAGGAAAAAAGAAAAAAAAAAAGGAAAAAAAAACUCAUCAUGCACACUCACUGUACUGACUCUUAAGUCCUGCUGGCUGGUGUUUCUGUUCCUGUUUUUUCAUUGAAUGGUUUCUGUUUAGGGUACCCAAACAGGUAGCUGCAUCAGAUUACCCCCCCACCCCCCUUCCCAACAUGCAGGAGACCACACAUGACCGAUAGCAGUCGUUACCUGUAUUGUUCCAAACCAAAAAUGUUUUCAGAUAUGUAAAUUAUGAUGACAAAACUGUGGUGCGUCUGUCAGUGAGAGAUACAGCUGGGGAGGAGAGGAGGUUCGUCAGUUUUGCAUCAGUGUAUGUGUUUGUGUGUGUGUGCGCGUGCGUGUGUGUAUGUGUGUACACGACUGUGUGAGUGUGUACACAAUUGUGUGUGUGUGUGUGUAUGUGUGUGUGUGUGUGUCUGAUCUUACCUUACGUUGCUCUUGGUGUAUAAAGGUGGGUGGGAUGUUUUUUUUUUCGUUCUUGUUGUUGUGGGUGGUCUGGGAAAUAGAGGUGUAGGAAAGGUUGUCUGAUCACUCACCCCUGUGCUUUGAGUUGAUUGUAUCGUGUGUGCAAUGACAGCAUCCAUUCCACGAGAAGGCUCGCUGUCACUCUAGUUCUCACAGCUGACCCCACGGCGGGAACUCCACUCUGUCUGUUAUCUAGGCCACUCAAACAAGGGCUUUUUCUCUCCUUUGAAUAUGAACCAAAAAAGAGCAGUACUGGGAGCGUGAUGAUUCAAGACUAGAGCCUAUACAGAAACACAAAUUCCACAUUUUUAUUUUUUCUCUAACUUUUUUUUUUUUGUUGUUAACAACUUGUUAAGAAAAGUCAUAGUAGAGCCGGAGUGUUUUGAUAUAUGAAUGACAAAUUCUACAUAUGACGCAAAGGACACUGAAAUGUAAAUUAGAGUUUUGUUCAGGAAUGACCAAACUCUGACAAGCUUUUCAAGGUAUUAGCCAGAUUUUGGUGUCCUCUGUUCCUUACUGUUACUUAAAAGCGUUUCAUAUGGCUGUCUUUUACAAGUCUUGCUGUUACUACACCAAAAUUAUCAUUUUCUUUUGUUUUCUACCAGUCGUCUGUGGAUGUCACUGUACAGAUUGUGGAAUGUUUCAACAUAUAUCUUUUUAUAUAAAGAUUCUGUUCUUUUCUCUUUUUUUGAGUUGCCUGGUUUGUUUUUGCCUUUACUCUGCAUAUGUGGUAGAGCAACAAUCUUUUAUUCUUUUUUUUUCUUUUUUUUAAAUACUUUAACAGCUUAGUUUUUAAGUUUGACUGUGGAUUUUGGAGUGAUUAUGUUGCUUAUUUAGUGUGUUUUUUGUGGAAAACUGAGUUUGAGUUUGGUGCAGUGAGAAACACUUCCUACACACAUAGAUUAGGCUCUUUUUUAAAAAAUAAAUAAAACCACCACAAAUGUUCACUGUAGCAAUACUUUCUCCACACGCAGAAAUCCAAAACUGCACUCUCAUUCGCCAUAGAAUGUAGCUGAUGAAUUAACUUGUACAGGUCAGACAGAGUGUAGCUUUAAUUUUUUUUUCAUUCUGACUUGUAACACAUUCUUAUCUAAAUUGGACACUGAGGUUUGAUCACUCACGUUUUAACAUCGUGAAUUUUCUUUUUUUUUGUCUUAAGUGUUGUGCUUCUUCAUAGUUUGGGGUCUAGCUUAAGUGGAUACAGUGAGGUUUUUUUUUUCUUCUUAAAAAAAGAUCUCUGUUCCACGGUGUCUGAGCUUGUGUUCACCGACACCCUGCUUCUCCUCACCAUAACAAGCAUCUCAGUCUCUGCACUGUACAAGUGGCUUCCCCUGCACCAAAUCAGAACUGCAUCGAUAGCGUUUUUAUAUACUUUGUUUUUAUUAGACUCUUAGUGUCUCCCUUCUUUCAUUCUUCUUUCUUCACCCCAUUCUUUUUUCUUCUCUACCUCUCUCUCCAUUUUCUCUUGUAUAUAAAUCCCUCUGUUUUCAGGCUGGUCAGUCUGUAAAAUCCUUUUAUACCUCAACUUUAGAACUGUUCUAGUAAGAGAAAAAUAUGAGAAAAUUGUAGUGUUCCUUAUUAGAAAUACAAAAAAAACUAAUAAAAUAAUCUAGUGUGCUUUUUAUCAUUUGGGGUGUUUAUUUUGGGGAUGUUUAUUUGCUUGUUUUAAUGGGAACAAUGACCUUUAGUCACUACAACUAUGCUAUUGUGACUUACAAAAAAAAUAAAAAAUGUAUAAAGAA